AUGAAGGAAGCAAUUGUCCAAAAGGACGCCUCUGUUGAGAUCAUCGACUCUCCCAUCCCGAAGCCUGGUCCGGGUCAGGUACUCAUCAAGGUUGUCGUCGCAGGCUCAAACCCCAAGGAUUGGAAAAUGCCAACCGUCUUCGGAAUGGUAUCCAACAUUGGCGAUGACAUCGCUGGCCUCGUUGAGGCUGUAGGUGAAAACGUCGUCGGCUUCCACAAGGGCGAUCGCGUAGCCGCUUUCCACGAGCUGUUUACUCCUCAUGGCGCAUUCGCAGAGUAUGCCAUUGCGCCCUACAACACCACUUUCCACAUCCCAGACUCCAUCUCUUACGAGGAGGCUGCCACUGUUCCCCUUGCUGCUUACACCUCUGUCUGCGCUUUGUUCCAAAAGCUGCAACUCCCUGAACCUUGGUCACCACUGGCCAAGUUGGACGAGAAACGUCCUCUGCUCGUGUACGGGGCUAGCACAGCUACGGCAGCUUUUGCCAUCAAGCUCGCCGCUGCUGCUAACGUGCACCCCAUUAUCGCUGUCGGAAGCCAGCGAAGUGAAUUCAUCAGGCCCUUCCUGGAUGCGAGCAAGGGCGAUGUCUCGGUCGACUACACUCUUCACGACACCGAAGACAAGCUCGUCGCUGCUAUCAAGGACGCUAUCAAGAACAGUGGUGCCCCCGAUAAUCGCUGCUGGACAGCCUACGACAGCGUCUCCGAAGACUCAACAGUCAGGGUCGUUUCCAAGGCCAUCGGUGGUCCUCCCGACGCCAAUGGUCGCAAGCCAAGAAUGACAAACCUCCUCAAGAAGGACGAUGUUGAGGGCAUUGGCCCUAGUGUCGAAAAUUUCCACACAGGCGUCAACCAGGUGCACGAGAAGAAUGAGAAGGAUCAUAUGUUGGGCUUGACAUGGGCUGCUGCGUUCUCCAGUGGACUUCGUGAGGGCUGGCUGACUGCUCAUCCGUACAUUGUUGGCAAGAAUGGUUUGCAUGGACUUUCCGAAGGCCUCAUUGCCUUGAGAGAUGGAAAGACGAGGGCCAACAAGUUUUUGACAAUUAUAAGCGAGACUCCUGGAGUUACUGCUUAA